AUGCCCACUCAAGUAAGAAUCUUUUCGCGACCUAGGCCUCUCGGUGAGACCCUCGAAAAGGCCAUCCCUCCAUCCUCGGUUCCUCGUUCCAUCCCCGACGCUUCAGAUCUUUGGAAACAAGUCGAACCGUCAAAACUGAAGCAGAGCACAGAGGCCACUCGCUCUAUGGCAGUGUACAAAGACAAGUCCGUCGAGGGCGGUGUCACAUUUGCUGCCCAGGAAAAGCUCAAGCACCUGCCCAUCCCGGAGUUGGAAGCCACCGCGCAAAGGUAUCUCACAGCUCUUAAGCCGUUGCAGUCUGCACGAGAACAUUCGGAGACCAAGCAAUCACUACAGGAUUUCCUGAAGCACGAUGGCCCGGCCCUGCAGGAGAAGCUGAAGACUUACGCUCAGGACAAGACGAGUUAUAUUGAACAAUUCUGGUAUGAUUCAUACCUGAACUUUGAUAACCCGGUUGUUCUCAACCUCAACCCAUUUUUCCUCCUAGAAGAUGAUCCUACCCCUGCAAGGAACAACCAAGUGACCCGAGCGGCAUCGCUCGUAGUGUCUGCUCUGGAAUUUGUGAGAGCUGUGCGCAAAGAGGAAUUGCCUCCUGAUACGGUCAAGGGUCAGCCUCUAUGCAUGUACCAGUACUCUAGGCUCUUUGGAACAGCACGCGUGCCCACGGAAAAUGGGUGCCAGAUCGAGCAGGACCCGGACUCGAAGCACAUCAUUGUCAUGUGCCACGGUCAAUUCUACUGGUUUGACGUUUUGGACGACAAUAACGACCUCAUCAUGAGCGAGAAGGACGUGUCUAUCAACCUACAGACCAUCAUCGAUGAUGCUGCCCAGACGCCGAUUCAGGAUGCGGCCAAGGGGGCACUCGGCGUCCUCAGCACAGAGAACCGGAAGAUCUGGUCGGGAUUGAGAGACGUCCUGACCCGGGAGGAGGGUUCAAACAACGCCGACUGCCUAGGAAUCGUUGACUCGGCCCUGUUCGUUCUGUGUCUGGACUACACCGAGCCGGUCGACGCUGAUGCCCUAUGCGGCAACAUGCUGUGCGGUACCAGCCUGGUCGAGAAGGGUGUGCAAAUCGGAACCUGCACCAACAGAUGGUACGAUAAGCUGCAGAUCAUUGUAUGCAAGAACGGUAGCGCCGGAAUCAACUUUGAGCACACCGGCGUCGACGGCCACACGGUCCUGCGGUUUGCCAGCGACGUGUACACGGACACCAUCCUCCGCUUCGCCAGGACCAUCAACGGCCAAGCCCCGACCCUCUGGGCCUCCACCAGUCCCGACCCAGCCAAGCGCGACCCGGACAGCUUCGGCGAGGUCAACACCACGCCGCAUAAGCUGGAGUGGGACAUGAACCCGGAGCUCAGCGUCGCCGUCCGCUUCGCCGAGACCCGCCUCGCCGACCUCAUCGAGCAGAACGAGUUCAAGACGCUCGACUUUAAGCACUACGGCAAGAACUUUAUGACGUCCAUGGGCUUCUCCCCGGACGCCUUUGUGCAGAUGGCCUUCCAGGCCGCCUAUUACGGCCUCUAUGGCCGCGUCGAGUGCACAUACGAACCCGCUAUGACCAAGAUCUUCCUCCACGGCCGCACCGAGGCCAUCCGCAGCGUCUCGGACGAGUCGGUCAAUUUUGUGCAGACUUUUUGGGCCGACAACCCGGCCGAGCACAAGGUAGAGGCCUUACGCAAGGCGUGCCAGCGGCACGUCAACAGCACGCGCGAGUGCGCCAAGGCCGAGGGCUGCGACCGUCACCUCUACGCCCUCUUCUGCACCUGGCAGCGCUCCGUGGACGACGAGCUCCUCAGCAGCUCCAACGGCUACUCCAGCCCCGUCGACGGGUCUUCCGAGGCGGACGCCGGCGAGUCCGCUGUCGGGAGCCCCGGCCGGCAGUCGGUCCUCUCGCUCAACGGCGCCGAGCUGCAGUCCUCCUCCACCGGCCGCACCCGCGGCGAGAGCACCAACUCGCGCAACGGCAACAAUCAGGCCGCGAUGCCGCAGAUCUUUGCCGACUCCGGGUGGGACAAGCUCAACAACACAAUCAUGUCAACGUCCAACUGCGGCAACCCUUCCCUGCGGCAAUUCGGCUUCGGCCCCACGUCGGGCGACGGCUUCGGCAUCGGGUACAUCAUCAAGGACGAAGGGAUAUCAAUCUGCGUGUCGAGCAAGCACCGCCAGACGAAGCGAUUCGUCGACACCCUCGAGAGCUACCUGCUCGAGGUGCGGCGGAUCCUGCGCAUCACAUCCCGCCGCGGCACCGGUACCGGCAUGGGCACCAAGCAGACCCGCGCCCGCGAGCUCGACCUCCAGGCCCGACCUAAGCAGCCCAAGGGGAUCAAGUCGCGCGGCCGCCUCAUCACCGCGCACGACGCCAUCAAGCCUUCUGUCGCGAGGUCGUCGACCGGCACGCAGUCGCCUACGGAGGAGAGCGUCACGCUCAGCGAGGAUGAUGAGCUCGGAGGAUACGGCUUCUUUGACGCCGGCAUGCUCCUCCAAGCACUCAAGGCGCGCGGCGAGAACAUGGACCCCGGGGAGACGAAGCCCUCGGAGCGGGCGGCGGUUCAGGCGCGUCGGAGGGAGAUUGGGAAGAAGCUGCGACUGAUUGACUAUUAG